GUACCGAGAGCUUCCUUUUCCCCACUUUCCCAGAGGAGUGCUGAAGAACAGGAAGUGAGGGUUUUUACGGGGCCUGACGGGAGUAGUAGUUUAUACUUGGGAAUUUUCUUUCUAUUUCGGGUGGAAAGGACUGCAACUCCCGAGGUCUAGUGCUGCGUGCGUGCUCGCUCGCUGUUAGAUGUGUGAAGCAGCUACGGGGAGACUUCUUUUGUUAGCAUUUAUUCAGAUUCUCACUGCACAUUUACUGCAAGCAACAUGACCGAGGAGCAGGAGAUCAUGUGCAAAUUGGAAAGCAUUAAGGAAAUAAGGGCUAAGACAGUGCAAAUGGAAAAAAUUAAAGCUCGGUUGAAGGCUGAAUUUGAUGCACUGGAAUCUGAAGAAAGGCACUUGAAAGACUAUAAACAUGAAAUGGAUCUCUUGCUCCAGGAGAAGAUGGCUCAUGUAGAAGAACUGCGACUGAUCCAUGCUGAUAUCAAUGUGAUGGAAAAUACAAUAAAACAAUCUGAAAAUGACUUGAACAAACUGCUUGAAUCUACAAGACGUCUGCAUGAGGAAUACAAGCCUCUUAAAGAACACGUCGAUGCCUUGAGAAUGACUCUGGGUUUGCAACGGUUACCAGACUUGUGUGAGGAAGAAGAAAAGCUUUCCCUUGAUUACUUUGAGAAGCAGAAAGCGGAAUGGCAGACAGAGCCUCAGGAACCACCCAUACCAGAGUCGCUUGCAGCAGCAGCUGCUGCUGCCCAGCAGCUACAGGUGGCCAGGAAACAGGAUGCCCGACAAACAGCCACAUUCCGACAGCAACCCCCUCCUAUGAAGGCUUGCUUGUCUUGCCAUCAACAAAUCCAUCGGAAUGCUCCCAUCUGCCCUCUUUGCAAAGCAAAAAGCAGAUCUCGUAAUCCUAAGAAACCCAAGAGAAAGCAAGACGAAUAAACACUCGAUAGAAAUGUGUACAAAUUAACUAAAGUUUAAAUGUGGCAAUGUUACUUGUGGAAACUGAGGUGUUAUUUCGUAGUUAUUUUAUAUUUUCAUGUGUUGUAAGCACAAGUUGUAUUUUGAUUUUUAGAGAAAUGAAUCUUACGCCAAUGCAACUUAUCCAUAAAAUGUAUUUCAGAUAGUGUGAAAUAGAAUGUCAAAUUGUUUAAUUAUGAACACAUAGAUAUUUAAUUGACAGAAGAAAAAGUAUUGAAAGUAGUGUAUGGUAAAAUAGUCAGCCUGAAGUGUUAGAAAAACGGUACACCUGGAUAUGUUGAACUUGUAGAUUUUAAUCAUAUCAUGAUUAAAUGGUUGUGUAAUUUGAGCAAGUCAGCUAAAUUAAUGUAGAUAGCUGUGUAUCAUUUAUCACUUUUGAAAAAGCAAACAUUUGUUACUACAAACAAAUCAAAAGCUAUUUUGAUACGUUAAUUCCUCUUGGGCUACACCUCCAUGAAUGGUGGUGCUGUCUCUUGCCAAAUGCACCAGUGGAUAUUAUCAGACUAUUUGAUGGUGGUGGCGUGGGUUUUGCUGAAUCUGAUUUUAUUCAAAUGAUUGCUGGAUGUGGGACCAUGAGUGCUUCCUCAAUUCCUUAGCCAUGGAAUGAUGAGGCCAGCUAACACCCUCUGAGGUGAGAGAACUUCCCAUAGAUGGGAAUCAAACCCAGAACAUUUUCAAUUGUAGAUGCACCAUCCUUAAUGGUGGUUCAUGAAGCACUAACAGGAAUAUAGUUUACAGCAGGAAAUGUUUCCCCGUGUGAGACUACAUGCUCUGAAUAAUAGCCAGGAACUAGCACAUACUGAAUGUGCUGCACAAAUUGAACACUCUUAUUAAGCCUACUAUUUUGUUUCGUCGUGUGAAACCUAGAAAUUAUGCAGUCAUGUUACCAGAUUAUUGCUUAACCUAUUUUUUUAAAAACUAAUAUGCCUAGUAUUGGCUCAGAGAUUAAUCACUCACUUUCAUCGGAAUGUUGUGGGUCUAAUCCAUUCCAGACACGUGAGCAUAUUAUCAAUGCAGUGAAAAGUGCCAUCUUAAAGUUGAGAUGUAGAAUCAACGUAAUGCAGAAAAAUCGCAGGAAGGGUCAUCAUUUCCCCAAUUUUGCUAAAAGGUUACUUAUUCCCCAUUGUUUAUCGUGGGAUAAAUUUGGGAUAUCCUGAGCACAUGAAAGUGCUUUAUUGAAAACAUUUUCUUGAUUAAUUUUUUAAACACAAGUAGGAAAUUGCAAUAUGAAUACUUGGUGCUUUAUAGUCCUACUGCACAGCAUAAUUUCUAGGCUAAUCAGAGAAACCAAAUAGAUUGAGUUGGUCUAUUCAGACAAUGAAAAAAAAUAUUCCAAAGUUUGUGAUUGCUAUGUGCCUUUUUAUUACAGAGAAACACUAAUGUUUAUCUGCAUUUUGAAGGCAUUUAUCUAAAUUCCAUACUCCAACCUCAUUUGUAAAUAUUUUGUGGUUCAAAAUUAUUGUUUUUUCUCUAAAUAAAAUCAGAAAAUUCAAUUAUAAUGG